UUCAUGGUUUGAUUCCUUAAUAAGAAAUCCAAUUUCUAGGAUUAUAAUCAUUAAGGGUUAGAUAAAUAAGGGUUGAGUUACUGUACAAAAUUUAGUGGCUGCAAAACUAGUGCUUUAGAUUUUUACUACCCUGAUACGAAUCAUACCACAAUUAAUAAGAUCGUAACCGAGAGGUAAGAUAUGAAGGUUUUAGGUUUAACAAUUUUGGAUUUGUAUUUGUACGUGUACCAUAGUCUUUCUCAUUAAUAAGUAGUAAAUUAUAGGGUUUGGUAUCAGUGGCGGACCCAUAAACUUUAUUAAGGGUAUUCAACGAUAGACCAAAAUCACUAAGGGUUGUCAAAUAAUGUAGUGUCUGAAUACUACCACCGCUAAAACAAAAUUUUAUAAAGUUUUUUUGUCCCAAAUUUGCAUCCAAAGGUUGUCAAGUGACAACCCUUGCACAAACUUGGGUCCGCCCCUGUUUGGUAUGGUGUGUUGUAUUAGAUUCACUCUCCAAAAUCAGAUCAUUAAAGCGAAGAAUUUUUUGGUGGUGGCUGUCGGUAGAGUUACGGUCGAAUCGCCUGUUCUCAUGAGUUUGUUGCAUAUUUGUAGGGGUCAGGUAGAAGGCAUGAUACCAUGUGAAGAAUCGAUAGGUUAUGACGACAAAUGUGUUGGUUUUACUGUCAUUCGCUUACGAGUAACACUUCAUGGAAUAUCAAAGUCGGCACAACUAACAGUAGUAAAGAUGAUUAUUUUGUGGAUAUAUCGUAUGUACUAUCUGUAAGGGAAUGGUGUAAAUAUGAUUUAUUAUGAAACCUCUCCCAAAAUAUCAAGUUAUCAAUUGGUCCUUAAUUAACAUGGUAUCAGAGUCGGGGUGAUGACUAUGAGUCGUUAUGUUUGAAUUCUCAUUAUCCAUAAUAUUACUGGUUAGUUUAAGUAUAAAGUAUUGUCAAGUACCAUAUGGUACCAAUUACUCAAGUUGUUGGUAGAGUUUCAAGUAUGAAUCAUAUGUCAUUCACUAAAGCACCCCCUUCCCUCCCCCUCAAACGAAAACCUAUUCAUAUGUGGUUUGAAUUUUACACACUUCCUAGCACUAUAUGCUUGCAAGAAUAUGAGAGUUAUCGGGAUUCGAACGGAAAACCUCUCAGUCAAAGACUUUGCGAUACCAUGUCAAGAAACAUUUGGUCCCAAUCACUCAAGUUCUUAGGAGAGGUUCAAGUGUGGAUCAUAUGUCAUUCACUAGUAAGUAUGAUGUCGUUCAAGCUCAUGGAUUUGGUUGAGGGAACUUGUAAAACAACGACAAAUAAGGUUCAUUCUACAAUAUUCUUCUAAUAACACGAAUUAUUGAAAUCAACUAAUUAACGCUACACAAUCUACAUAUAUAUCCCAAGAGGCAUAGAAUUUUGAAAAGAUCAAUCAACAUCGCCUUCAUCCCACUAACAUAUGGAUAUGACAAAAGUUUAAUGGUGAUAAUAAUAAUAGUAGUAUUAAUAGAAAAGUCUGUCAUGAAAUGGAUGGCUAAUAUGAUAUUAACUUAGAUUGUGAUGUGACACUCUUUUUCCCUUUCAUACGGGCCCUCCAUCUCUCGGUGGGUAAUACUGUUGGGGUAUAUGAUCGCAAUAGGUUGCGCACGGGAAAUUUCCAAGAACAUGUUUGUCACUAUAGUUAGUUUAAUUUGCUCCAAAUAGAGAACCCUCAUUUUUGACGAAUUUGCUAUCAGUAGCGAAGUCUCGAACUUGAUCGAGUGAGUAGAGACUGAAAAUAAGAAUUUGUAUCAACUUCUCAAGAUCAAUUCCAAGUCUCGAGAGAAAGAAGGUUGAUAUUUAUUUUUCUAUGGGGUGACAGAUAGAUGAAAAUCGACUCACUAACAUUUGGUCAUUUGAAUGUGAGGAUUUGGAUUCUGAAAUGGCAUGUUUAACUUGGCCCAAUAAACUACGGUUUCUCCUUUGCAGUCUUUCUAUUUUUUUUUCCUCCCUUUUUCUUUAGUAUUUUCACCUUCAUAAUAACGUGAGAAUUGGAAUUUGAGUCAUAUUCUCAUAUUUUUUGAGAAUUGGAAGGUCCAUACCAAUUAGUGAUGGCAAUAGGGCGGGCAGUGCGGAUACCUCAAUUCCCAUGCCCCGCCCCAUGCUACUAUGGGUCGGGGCGGGUAAGGGACGGGGCGGGUCGACCCACUCUUACAUGUUGUUCAAAAAAAAAAAUACAAGUAAAUUUUACUUUUUACAAUAAAACGUAGGGAAAAACACUUUAAGAAUGAAAAAUAUUGAUAAUAGAAUGAAUAAUUGAGCCUAACAAGUUGAAAGAUCGACUCUAACUAGUUGAAGAAAAGUCAAAAUAGGAGAAAUAUGUAUAGAUAUUGUAAGAAAUUGAGAUAAAAUGAGUCUAGAACGGGGCGGGCGGGGCAGGGCGGGUCGGAAGUAGAUACCCAUGCCCGGCCCCAUGCUAUUGCGGGUUGGGUAAUACCCGUGGGUCAGGUCGGGGAAUACCCGCGGGGCGGGUUGAAAUUGCCAUCACUAAUACCAAUCCCUAUUUUUUCCAUUUCGUAUAUUUUGUACCGCGUAUGCAUGCGGGAAAUUUGAACUCAAAUGCCACAUUUUACAAUUCCCUUCAUCCAAACCACCCUUACAUACCAUUUGGUAUAAAUGAAUUCCAUAAAUUUUAAGAAAUUCAUUUCAAAAUGAAACAUUUUUUAGUUUGGUAUUUAAGAGAAUUUAUUUUCAAUUCUAAAUUUUGAAUUCUGUGGAAUUGGAACCAGUUAUAGCAAUUACAAGGAAUUGAGAUGGAAUUUCCAUAUGAAUUCCACAGGUAUUUACUAAUUAUAACUUGAACCAUAGGAUAGAAGGAUAGCAUAGCACAAGAUUGGACCCUGUUUGUGAAGAUGCCUGAACAGUUUUUGGAGCACUAUGACUGGAAGUUUUGAUUCUGACUUUCAAGCUAUUAGCUGCUUCGGAUGGAGAUGAUUAACUUUUGACAAAAUCAUUAACUCCCAUAUAGCCCCACUUCAACCAACAAGUUAUCUUUCGUACAUAGAAUACAUUAGGAUUACAAUUUAUCUUUAACCCGUUUUACCCGAACGGUUUAAUAUAUUUUGGAGCAGGUAGGUGGGAUGAGGCGGACAUGCGUGCUCUUCUUGACGUGACUUGUUUUAUUCUUGAUUAAUUUUUCGCCUAAACAACAUGUAAUUUACUCAAAUUACUUCGGGUUUUACUUUUAUGACCUCAUAUUUUAGCUAUAAUAAAGUUGUAAAUAUGUAAGAAGCUCAAUUUCUCGAAUAUUUUUAACUACAGUUAUCAUGUUAUAAUUUAUUUCUUCAUUUUAUUAAUAAGAUGACCAAAGGUUGCUGGGAACAAAUCUGCACCACUUCGGGCCCGGCCCAACAAGGCAAAACGAUUAAACGAAGUAACGAACCACAUACCGUUACCCGCCGCAGCAUUCUCUUGGUCGCCGAAACGACUGAUCCAGUUAAGCUGGGGGGAAAAUUCAGCGCGCGCUCUCUCUCUAUCCUCGCCGCUGGCGCUCACCCGCGUUCAUGCCGCCGAUGACUUCUUCACUCCGUGCCGUCAGUCCGCGAAUCGUCCUCCACCUGAAGCCUUUACUCGUUUCACUCCCUCAGCUGUCUGCCUCUGUUUUUUCGCCUCGUAGGCUCUUCGCGCCAAUCAACCCUAGAGCUCUCCUGUGUACCGCAGCCGCGCGUGACAAUGGCGGGAGGUCAGGCGCCCUGACUGGACCGCCGGUGCUGGAGGAGGAAGAAUCGGUGACGAAAAUCGACGUCAAUCCUCCUAAAGGAACUAGAGAUUUCCCUCCCGAGGAAAUGCGCCUCCGCAACUGGCUCUUCCACAACUUCAAAGAGGUUUCGCGGUUGUAUGGCUUCGAAGAGGUUGAUUUCCCGGUUUUGGAGUCGGAGGCCUUGUUCAUUAGGAAAGCUGGAGAGGAAAUUAGGGACCAGUUAUACUGUUUCGAAGACCGCGGAAAUCGUCGUGUGGCUUUGAGGCCUGAGCUGACUCCUUCACUAGCAAGACUGGUCAUUCAGAAAGGAAAAUCUGCCCCGUUGCCAUUGAAGUGGUUUGCUGUUGGACAGUGUUGGCGGUAUGAGAGGAUGACAAGGGGAAGACGACGUGAGCACUACCAGUGGAAUAUGGAUAUUAUUGGUGUACCUGAAGUCACUGCUGAAGCAGAGCUUAUUUCUUCUAUUGUCACAUUUUUCAAACGAAUUGGAAUUACAGCUUCUGAUGUCGGAUUCAAGAUUUCAAGCAGAAAGGUUUUGCAGGAAUUGUUGAGGCGUUACUCCAUAUCAGAGAAUGCAUUUGGCAAGGUCUGCGUCAUAAUUGACAAGAUUGAGAAGAUGCCGAUUGAAGAAAUUAAGAAAGACUUGUCAUCUGUUGGGUUGUCAGAAGAAGUCAUCAAUGAGCUGCUACAAGUUCUUUCCGUAAAGUCCUUGACACAGUUGGAAGAUAUACUUGGUUCUGGGGAAGCCAUUGCCGAUCUUAAACAUCUCUUCUCUCUGGCGGAGAAGUUUGGUUACUCUGAUUGGAUUCAAUUCGAUGCAUCAGUUGUUCGUGGUCUUGCCUAUUAUACCGGUAUUGUUUUCGAGGGUUUCGAUAGAGCUGGAAAGUUGAGAGCCAUUUGUGGUGGUGGUAGAUACGAUCGGUUACUCUCAACCUUCGGUGGGGACGAUCUUCCAGCCUGUGGCUUUGGAUUUGGGGAUGCUGUCAUUAUCGAACUUCUAAAGGAGAAGAAUCUCUUACCAGAACUGAGCCUCCAAUUAGACAACAUAGUGUGCGCUCUUGAUCAAGACCUUCAAGGAGCAGCUGCAACCAUCGCUACAAUUCUCCGAGGGAAAGGCCAGAGCACUGAUCUAGUCCUGGAAAACAAACCGUUGAAAUGGGUCUUCAAACGGGCAGCACGAGCAAAUGCACAGAGGCUUAUACUGGUGGGCACAAAAGAGUGGGAAAAGGGUAUGGUUGGUGUAAAAAUCCUUGCUUCAGGUGAACAGUAUGAGAUUAAGGUUGACGAAUUAGAUUAGUUUUCAAAAGUUCGGCCAUAUAGGAUCGCGUAGAGGUCUGAUAAUUUAUCAUCUGAAAUUGCAUUCUUGUGACUUCAACUAUAGGUGAAAAGUAAAACAUGGUGUUCUUCGUUCCUUGAGCUUCAGUUUAUUUGAAUAGGCUUAGUCAACCACACAAAAAAAAAAUUGAAUUAAUAACCGAGAAAUAAUUGUUUUUUUGCCUUAAAACAUAAACUCCAACAUGCAUGAAGAAUUUCGACACCCUAAAUCUUGGUAAACAACAAAAACUAGCGUGGCCCCGGCUAGUUGGCCGGAGGAAGGUGAUGUAUGAAAUUUGAUAAUGUAAAUAGGGUGUAUAGUUUAUUGUUGUAUAGUUUUUUUUUGGGAAACACGUGAUAAAAAUAAUGAAUUUUAGCAGGAAAGAGACAUGAAUGAAGCAACGAAUCAACAAUCGGCCUUAUGAACCAAAAUCAAGUACAUGUUACCUUGUGAAACAAUAUUGUUUCUGGUAAUAUGAUGAGGUGGAGUAAGUUUUUUAUAGAAACCGAAUUCCAGAAAAUUGAAUAAAAAAUCGUCUAUCUCGUCGGUUUUCGGGAAAUGAGCAUCUCACAAUUGUUGCUAGCUUUUACUCGACCCGUUGGCCGAUUAAUUUGCUUUAUAAAACUUUCAUCUUGUCGUCAUUGUGCUUUCUGGUUUUUGUUAGGCCAUGAUAAAAUCUAAGAAAAUCAAGAACGAACAACACGAUUUGGGAUAGGAACCGCCGUUGUCGUAUCCCUAGAAAAUGGUGGUAAACAUGGACUCACCUGCCAAACUGGUUUGGAUUGAGAUUUUUAUCGAGUAUCAGGGAACCAUGUGAUUAUAAAUUAGACUUGAUCAAAACGGGCCAAAACUUGAAAUUUAGCCUGUUUGAUCGAUCCAUGUCAAACUCUAAUUAUUUUUUACUUUUAAACUUUCUAUUUGAAAAUAAAAAAUAGUGAAAGAAAAGAGAUGAAUGCAAUUCGCCAUUUGCACAUCACUUAUUCGGGAAUAAAACCAUAGAAAUUCA